UGUUUUCUUGUUUAAAUGGCUGUGCCUUAAGUGAUAUAUAAGUACCUACACAAUGUUGUCUGUUUUGCUUUUGGCCCAUUUACUCUCUGGCCCUUUAAGGUGGUUUGCCAAAAAGUGCUCCACUGAGAAGGGGAGUGAGUGAAGGAGGAGGAGCUGUGAGGUCCAGGCAGCAGGAGACCACACGAGAGAGAAGGUGGAAGGAUGGAGGAGAACCCAGGAUGGCAGCCUACACCCGGCAUGGAGGAGAGGUGCCCAGACUUGAGCCAGAGGACAGCAGCUCCAGAGGGGUGUCUCCAAGGAAAAAAAUCAAAGCAGUAGAUUAGUCAAUGUGUUUGAACCUAUUGAGGGGAACUUCCUAUUCUGCCAGGGACUUUGGAAAUCAAUUAGCACUGGACAGAAAACUAAACAAGAGGUAAACAAGCAGCCUUUAACUCCUGGGAAAACAAGCUGAAUAAGAAAGGAAAUGCAGGCAUGGAAGCCGUAGAACGCUACAUGACUCAGCUGUGAACGAUGUCUAAAUCUCAGUAAUGCAAUCGCUGACGUUUGAUUUAACCAAAUGUUGAAAAAGAACCAAAUUGGAAGGUGGCAGGAGAAAUGAAUAGGAAAGAGAGCUAAAUUUUCGCCUUCUAUAGUAGGAAGUUAAAAGCAAAUAAAACCAAGAACAGUAUAAGCAUGUUAUUUAAAUAGACAGAGAUAAUUAUUCAUUGAAACAGCUGAAAUAAUUAAGCAGUUUGCCUCUAAGGAGCCAACAUCAGAGGUGGGCCAGAGAAUGCUGCAUUUUGUGAGCCUUAUAGAUUUGACUUUUAAAAUAAUGUACCUGUAUUACUUUGAAAAUAAAUAAAUAAUAAAAUGAGAAAGAAAAGUGACAGGUCAGCCCAGGGGGUGAUAUGGUGACCAGGGAGAGGGGAGGACACAGUGAGGGACCUCAGGCCCCUGGUUGGAGGAAGCAGGCUUCAGGGUCCCAGGACGUGCCAGCUCUGGUUGUCAUUAUUGUUCCUGACAUGAGCGUGAAUGUAUUUCAACAAAAUGUCGAGACUGAGAGCCAUUCACUGAGAGCCAUUCACGUACCCAGUGGACGUUCUCUGUUUCAAUCCCUGGCUGCAAUUGCUGGGAGAAUAAACCAUGGUUCCUGCCCUCAAGGAGUUCACAGGCUGGUGAGAGAUAAAAGUGCUCAUCCAGCUAAAGGGUGAUUGAUUGAAUGUACUGGAGGGAAGUGACUGCAGAGAGAAAUUGCCCAGCCAUCACAAGUCCUUCAAGGGAAGCUCUGGAGGUUGAAUAGGAAUGGAGCUGGGACAAGGUGAGAGGGGAUCCAGGCCCAGGGACAGAACAUGCAAAGGCACAGAUGGGACCGGGCAUGAGAGAGCUGGUACAGUUGAGACCUGCAUGUGGCCUGGAGUCGAGGCUUGGGCUUUGUGAGGGUGAGCAGAAGACAGAUGAUCAGCUCCGUGGCCUGGCUUGCCCUGCUAAGGAGUCUGGACUUUGUCUUGAAGGGUGUGGGAAUCCAGUUGAGGAUCUCACUGGAGAAGAAGCAUCAUCAAAGCCUGUUCUCAGCCCAGUGUGGAGAAUAGAAUGGAAGCUGGUGCAGAGAGAUGAGGAAGGAGACAGACGAGUGUUCCAGGCAGAGAUGAGGGGCUCUGUACCAAGUGAGACAAAAAUACCUCUCCGAUCUCCAAAAUUAACCUGUUGAUUUGGAGAUGAUUCACCCCCCAGUGAUUUCACAAGUAUGUGCUUCACUUAGCUCUGGUCCUGAUGUUUUUAGUUCAAAGAGUCUUGCCCUUCAGGCCCAGAAGAAGAUUCUGAGCAAGAUAGCCAGCAAGACUGUGGCCAACAUGUUGAUUGACGACACCAGCAGCGAGAUCUUCGAUGAGCUCUACAAAGUCACCAAAGAGCACACCCACAACAAGAAGGAAGCCCACAAGAUUAUGAAAGACUUAAUCAAGGUGGCAAUCAAAAUUGGGAUCCUCUACCGGAACAACCAGUUCAGCCAGGAGGAGGUUGUUAUCGUGGAGAAGUUCCGGAAGAAGCUGAACCAGACGGCCAUGACCAUCGUCAGCUUCUAUGAGGUGGAGUACACCUUCGACAGGAACGUGCUCUCCAAGCUCCUGCACGAGUGCAAAGACCUGGUGCACGAACUUGUGCAGCGACACCUGACGCCCAGGGCACACGGGCGCAUCAACCACGUCUUCAACCACUUUGCCGACCUGGAGUUCCUCUCCACCCUCUAUCGCCUGGAUGGAGACUGUCGGCCCAACCUCAAGAGGAUUUGUGAAGGAAUCAAUAAGUUGCUAGAUGAGAAAGUCCUUUGAAUGCCUUCCUUCCUCCUGGACUUUGCUGCUUUAACCUUACGGCACCCAGCCACAGUCCGGG